UCAUGCUGCUGCCAGGUCCACAGUCUCUCAUGGGUCCCUGUACGGCCUCCCAUUGCUGCUGUCUCCAUCGCCUCACUCUGCCAUGUGCCACUUUCAGGUCUCCUCACACACUGCUGGUGUGUUCAAUUUUUUGUCAUAGGGUGCUGGCAGAUUACGGGCCUCCCAUAGCUGCUGCCAGGCCCCUAAUCUGCCAUGGGCCCCUAUACCGCCUCCUCAUGCUGCUGCCAGGUCCACAGUCUCUCAUGGGUCCCUGUACGGCCUCCCAUUGCUGCUGUCUCCAUCGCCACACUCUGCCAUGUGCCACUUUCAGGUCUCCUCACACUGCUGGUGUGUUACAUUUUUUG